GCACAGAACUAUCAGAGAUCGACUUAUAAAACAUAUAUAUAUAUACUCCUUUCAAACCCUCCAUAGAUAUCACAGAGAGAAGAAAAUGACGAUGGUGUUGGGGGUCGGCGCGGGCACCUUCGCUGUGUUGCUCACGAUUGGGGUCUGCGUCUUCUUUGGGCUUCUUGGCGCCUACUUCGCACCGCAGGCGGCGUUGUACAUUUUGCUGGGGUGCGUUCUUCUCCCUCUCAUCGUGUACGGCUGCAUCCUGACGGCGCCCCACGGGCCUGCAGCGGACACGGGCACCACCGCCGCAGUGUACUACUAUCGAGAACGGCAGCUGCCCGCCAACACGGACGUGAUCGACAAGUACCUGCCCGUGCGCAUCGUCGUGUUUAUUGUCCUUGCGCUGGGCACUCUCGCUGCGAUUGUCUUUCAAAUCUUGCUGCUCUGCAGCUCGCCACCCUACGAGACACCACGCGUGCGUUGCCUGCGCGAACAGUUAGAGGAGGCACACCCAACAUGGUACAGGUGA